AUGCGGCUUAUCGAGAGCAUAAUUUCCCCACUUAUAUGUCUGGGCGAGCCAGAGCAGCAUCUAGUAAAGGGCCUGUGGGCUGCAGUCCUGAGAGGCUCGCGCGUCCUCGUGCGAGUCUCGCGCGAGCGUCUACUCCGCAUCGUUCGCCGACCCACUGUUCCGGACGUAUUCGGCUCACAACAGAGCCACCCAUGA